AGCGUUUGCAUUCAUUCACUGUUGCUGUUAGUUAGGCCGGGACACAAAGCCUGAGUUGGAUAGGCUACUGAGAAAGAAAAAUUUGACCCAGCCAGAACUUAAAAUGAAGAGGGACAGAAAUGUAUAGAUGAUUGCCUCGGUUUCUGAUGCACAACAGCAAUGGCCCCUGAAAGCAAGCAGUGCAAUGACCUUUGACAUUCCUAGAUUUAAUAUAGCGUGAAAAUACAUGUAACUCAUUAUGCAUUAUCUAUUUUUCUGAAUAUAAUUAACUCAAAUCUAUUUUUCAAACUUAUUAAAAACUGCUACAGACUGUAAUUCAUAAGAGGAAAUGUGAAUGCUGUGUGAAAUGAACAAGAUUUUAUGAAAGUUUUGUUACAUGUACAUACUUUUUUUUGUGUGUGUGAUUGUUACAAUAUCAUUUAAAGGAACCCAUAUUUCUAUGUCUAGCACCCCUCAACCUUCAAUUUUUGAGAAUUUGUCUAUAAGACAUGAAUUAGUGCCUUUCAGAUUAAAAACCAAUUAUUGGAUGAAAAGAGAUCUUGUUUUAAAUUGGAAAAAGAGGAAAAAUCAGAAAGGGACCAGAAAAGAUGGCUAAGUGAAUGUUUAUUGAAGGUCAUUGCUGCAACUGCUAUUAGGGUGGAGAACAAUGGCCUUGCCAGAAGGGGGUGUUCCUCUGACACCCUUCAUUCAUCAGGUCGGAGGUCACAGGGGAAUCCUGCUGUAUGAUACACGCUCGAUCUGUAAGCCAAUGUUUGAGAGGGAGAUUCAGAACUAUCGCUACUUGGCUCCGAUCAUGGGGGACUUCAUACCAAAGUUCAAAGGCAUUGUUGAAGUUGUGAUCGAGAAGGACAAGGAAGGCAAAGUUGAGUACCGGGCAGUGACAGCGCCCUCGUUUGACCUGAAAUGCAAGAAAUCAACAAACAUUCAGUUGUCUUCUGUGAACUCAACAUGCAAUGUGACUGAUGCCAGGAACAGAGGGAAUGAUGUUAAUAAUCUUAAAAGAAAUGUAGCUCAGUGGUUCAAUGGCCAUUGUGUUCAAAAUAACAACAAAAACUCCUCUUGUGAAAGAAUAUCUUUGAACCAUCAGUGCCUUGAUGACAUUAAAGAAGCAACCAAAGGGAAGGUGUUUGAAGAUGUUACAGAGUACUCCUACCAAACCAGGGGUAACGGUCUCAACCCAUGGAGUCUAUGGGUCCAUCAGUUAGACCUGCAGAAACUAAAUAUGGGAGAAAACAGACCCUUCAACACACGCCAAGACUACAUGCUCCUGGAGAAUGUGACAGUAGACUACCAAUGCCCAUCCAUCAUUGACCUGAAGAUAGGUACCCGUUGCUAUGGUGAUGACCUUUCAGAGGAGAAGAAACAAUUGAACAUUGCAAGAGCCCUCGACAGCACCACCAACAAACUAGGAGUACGAUUUGGAGGCAUGCAGAUUUACCAAGCCGACAAAGGCACGUACGUCUGCUGCAACAAGAAAUACGGGAACAAGCUGACGGAAGAGAACCUUCGCUAUGAGGUAGGUAGGUUCGUUUAUGACAAGCACCGACACAGUAAAAAGAUACGAGCUUCGAUCAUCCAGCGCAUUACACAACUCAAGGAUCUCAUCUCAAGCUUGAAUCAGUACCGGUUCUUUGGCUGCUCGGUGCUUAUCAUAUAUGAGGGUAUGCCGAAGGUGAGGAAGGGUGGUUCCAGGACAGUGGAAAAUAAUGGACAAGGUCCAGGAAAGGUGAAAGGCUCGGGGGAUGUGGAGUGGACGCCGAGAGAAGAUGAUGGAAAGGAUCGAGGCAUCAGAGUGGUGAAUGACCAUAGCGGUGAUGACAACACUAGAAAAGCCACAAAGGAAGCGGAAGGCUCAGGGAAUGUUGACAGCUCAAGAGACAUACAUGGGUCAGGAGAUGUAGUGUUCUCAAGGGAAGGAGAUGGACAGGAUCGGGGCAUCAGACUAGAGAACGACCAUGGCAGUGAUGGCAUCAAUGUAAAAGACGCAAGGGAGGUCAAAGGCUCAGGGAAUGUAAACAGCUACAGCUCAAGAGACGUACAAGGCUCAGGGGAUGGCACGGAGGUGGACGGUUCAAGGAAUGGAGAUGGUAAGGUCAGGUUGGUGGAGGAUGAUGAUAGCGACGAUGAUGAUGACUACGAUGAGGGGAAUGUGUUGGUUAAGAUCAUUGACUUUGCCCACUCGUCAUCGGUUGAAGUAGCAGGAAUGGAUGGGAUACACUAUGAAGGUGUCGAUAAAGGUUUUCUGUACGGUCUAGAAACCCUUGUAGAACUGAUACGCAAAGAUCCCCUUAAAACGUAGGCCAAAUACACAACCUCUUUCCUGUACUAUUUGAAGGUACACACUUUUUGAUAUUUUGAUAUACUAAGGAACAGAGGAAAAAAAUGAAAACUAAUAUAUUGAUAGAAAAUCAUAUAAUGACUUGUUUAUUAGAUGCUUAUGAAGUAGAUAAAUAUUGAAAUGCAUGUUAUUCAAUUUAGCCUUUGAUUAUAGAUUACAGGUUUAUUCUAUGCUAUGAUGUUGUAUUCAAAUGCAUUCCAUUCAAAGUUUAUGACUGAUCAAAUGAUAGAUAACAGUCUUAUUUAAUUCAAAUAAUAUGGGAGAAUUUUCUUUCCUACUCAACAAAAUAUUAAAUAGUUGAUUUGACAAAUUUAUAAACAGUUCAACGAAAUACCUAAAUCAAUCAUGAUCUGUAAUUAAUAAUUAUUAAUUGAAAAUGCUGAAUACAUUCUCAUUUGUAAAUUUAAAUUCAAGGUCAACUUUGAAAAUCAAAAUAUAUAUUUUUCAAAUCAAAUUGGUUCUGAUAUAGUGAUUGGCCUACAAAGAUGAUGAAUUGUCCUCUCAUUGAGCUCUAUCAAUUUCUCCUUCCUAGAUUAUUGAUUUAAUGAUGAUUCGGUGCAAGUAUGGGUUGAAAACAAAUUAUUAUGAUUCAACAACUCGACUAACUUUAGCUUAGGGUUUAGCCGCUCUCGUUUGCUCAUAUAACUCAUAACCGAGCUGGGUGUGCAGAGGUAUUGUGGUUAAGUAGUUCAGUCACUGGACUCUUAUUGAUAUAAUGUUUGUUUAUGGCCAUGCAUCUUACUCAUAUCAGUACUAUCUUUUCUUCCUUUUUUUCCAACUGGCUUAGUAUUGCAUGUUGCCCCCCCCCCCUUCCCCAAUUACUACAAGCAAUAUAUAUGUUGGUCCAUACUAUAAUAUGUAAAUGAAUGCAGGCUCAGAUUAUUAAGAUAUUAAAUAUGAUUAAUGGAUUUUGUAUCAAAUGCUGUCAGAUUAGUGCAGGCUGCAUAAACAUGAGCAAGAGGCUUGGAAUAUCAUGGAUAUAUGCAAAGAUGGGGCUGAUACAACCUUGCGCUGUGUUAACAAGUACUUUCAUAUUUUGGGUACAUGCAAUGGAUAAUCAUAAUUACAAAUACAAACACAUUUUCAUCAAAAUGAAUGUUUUUGAUAAUGUUGGUUCUUCCUCAUUUUUAUCCUUGCGACUGUGCACCAUAUUGGACAGGGUGUGCUAAGAAUGAAAGCACAACUUUCACCCUGUUCAACUUGCAGCCAUGCAGACCUAACUCAGGCAGUUCUAAUAACCAGAGGGAUGAAAACAGAACAGAGGAGGCUCAUAACAUUUUUAAGCCAUUCAUGAUUUUUUACUAUUAAAAAAGUCAUGAGACAAUUUUUUGUUUUGCCUGGACAUACUGCACAGUACACACUCAGAUUAGUAAUGUUUACAUUGUUGAAUGUUUAACUUUACAUCUUGAGUGAAAAGAUUCGGAGGUUAAUGGAUUAUGAUGUGAAUAUUAAUUCAGGGAGAUGCUGCCUUUUUGUAUUUCACAAUUUUUCUUUUGAUAUGAUAUAUAUUUUUUUCGCUGUUGGUCUUUGCAUGAAUGGCUCUGUGCCUUUCGAUUGAAUUAAAGUAAAAGUACAUUGAUCUUUUACUACUGCCAAUUCUCAUUCGCUUAUAUCUAUGGAUCCUGUUUAUGUUUUCGUUACUAGAACAGUCUGGUGUUCAUUAUGUAUUAGAACUGAACAGUAAAUAUAAGAAUGCUUAGAGCAUAUACAUGUAUGUUAGGUUUUGGUAAAUUUUCAGAAAAAUUCAUUAAGAUCAAUUUAUCAAUUCAUUAAACAGAUAAAAUGAAAUAAUAUUGUAUAACAUGAUUUUUUUUAUUGUGCAAUGUAAUAUCUGAUUUAUAUGUAUGUAUAAAGUUUGAAAUUCAAAAUGUUUAAAAUGAAAGAAAAAUGGUUCCCAAUAAAUUUACUAUUUAACCAUUCAUCACAAUAUUUUUUUGGAAAAAUAAUACAGACAAUACACAUGUUUGCAAGAAGUAAGUGUUAAAAAAAGUGUUAGAAAAAUUUCACAUUGUUAAAUGUAUAACAAAAACUUCUGUGGUGAAUUAUUAUAUCACCAUAUGAUACUAAAUGAACUGACUUUACUUUUAGUUUGAACCAAAUGUGAAAUAAUGAAAACUGACUGAAAAUGAAUGGAUACUGAAAAACUGCUGAGAUUGUGUGUUACCUUUACACACGACCCCAAUUUUUCUGACACCCCCCCCCCCCCCCCCAACCCAAUUCUCUAACACCCCCCUUUUUUCUCCCUAUGAUGUUAUACUCUCCCUAUUUCUUUUGUAUUUUAUUCUAUGAAACAUAAGAUAAUUCAAUUUUUUGUAUGUUUGACAAUGACAAAGCAUAUAUUUUUAUUGAAUUACAAUAGGAUGCAACAAUGGUUAUCUCAGAUAUUCAAAGAGGAAUCAUUCCUUGUUUCAUAUGACAAACAGGAAAAAAUAGUAAAAUAUUUUGUAAUUCAUGUAUUGAUAAAAAUCAAAAGAAAUAGUUGUGGGUGAUGUCAUCAAUUCUCCCACUUGCAUACUGAUAGACAUGUAAUGUGCAUCUAGUUUGUGAAAUGAAGCGAUUCUAGUAACUUAUUAAACUUUUUUAUGUCACAUCUGACCAAGAACAAAUUCAUUUUCAAUAUACAUGUACAUGUAUCAGGCAUGUAUGUUAAUAGCGAAGUAUGGUGACUUCAUGCACUACUCUUGUUUCUGUGUGGAAGCGUAUGACCCAUGGGUUAACCCAAUGGGGUAAGGAUGCAAAUAAUGAUACCUGUACUAGCCUUAUUUAUAUAGAUUAUUUACAAUGCAAUUUAUAGAACAGUUCUUGUACAUCAUAAUGCGUGAUUAUAUAUUUUAGUAAAUUGUGUUUAUCUUGUGAAUCAUGAUUAUAAAUAGUGAUAUAGUUUAUACUAUUCAACGGUGAGUGUGUGAUAUUGCAUGUUAUAAAUGAAUCAAUAUUGACUUGUAAUAAGCAAUAGUUUUCUCAUGUUUUUUGCAGCAAGUUAAAUGAUGCCAUUGCCUUAACAAAUGAAAGCCCAUGUGCCAUAUUCUAGAGAAGGCAUAGAUGGAACUUGGAUCCACAUAAAGCACAUGUACAUGUAGGCCUAUUUAUAUGAUGAAGGAACAAUUUUGUGUUGUUUCCAAAUUCUAUAUUUCAUAUUUUCAUAUGACAUGAUGUGUGUAUAUGAGCAGUGCGUGACAUGCCUAGUACAUAGUAUUUGUCCACAUGCAUCGUAACAAUGUAAUUUGAAAAAUAAAUUGCAAAUUUAAAGAAUUAAAAAGCAAAGGAGUUUCCCCAAAAGCCAGAGAAAGCUUAAAGAAGACAACAUUGCCAAUUUAAAAAAAAACAAAAAAGGUCAGUCAAAUUUGUAUUAUUGCAUGGAGUGUUCUUAGUGUUUAUCAAACUAACGUUGAUGAAAUUAUGUUUUUUGUUGCCGGUUCAGAACACUAUUUUUACAUCUCAGCGUCAUAAAUGCCUUUAAUUACCAUUACAAUUUUUUUUUUCAAAUAAUCUUGUAUUCAUUUACUCUCGUUUAUUUUUUUUAUAUAUAAUGGAAUAGUAGCUAUUGUAUUUUUUAUUCAUUUCACACAAAAUCUGUGGUGUUAACCAUUUACAUAGAUGACCACAUCAUGACAUGUUUACUCUGGUGUUAGAUUUGUGGUGUUACCAUAACACUUUUGUACUUGAUAUAAUUUGAAGAGUAUUUUUGAAGUAAUAAUGAUUUGGGGCCCCUUUCAUAAAACUUGUUAUAAGAACAAAUUUGCAAUUAGCAGUUAAAAGCUACCAAAAUCCUGCAAUCUGAUUGGCUGAUAUAAAAUUUGCCACAGAAAUUGUGCAUUUGUUCUUAUACAAGUCUCCAUGAAACAGGGAAACUGGUUUGAUAUCUGUCUCCCUUCCCUCUGAUGAAAAUGUCUGUAAACUUUUUAUGGAAACAGAUUGAAUUUUAUUUUUUUUAUGGAUAUUACAUGAAAUACAGGGUAUCCUUCAUGAUGUUGGUUGACAUUCUCAGAUAUUUUUCAUGAACAUUUAGAAUAUCAAAAGUGAACCUGAGGUUUACAAGUAUUUAGUGUUUCUAAUUAAUUAAAUUAGUCACAUGGUUUUAUUCUUUUUUUCUCUCUAAAGUAGUAUUAAGGACAAUUUUUUAUAGCAGAUAAUCAGAUUUGAUGCCGUUGUUUGCUUUUGCUUGUAAGCUGAUUUUGUUUUGCCUUGAGAUAUUGAUUAAGACAGUCCAAGCCUUAUUCACUAAAUCUGCAAAGUAUGUACAAUGUUCAAUAAAACCAAAAAAAAAUAAUGUCCGAAA